AUGAGUCUGCCGUAUCUGUUGCGGAAAUUGGAGAUCAGCGAAGAUGGCGAGUUCAACUUUCUCUCAUGCCUCGUCACCAAAGCCGUUGACGAAUACCAUGAGGCCAGCCGCAGUCAAGAUCUUGAAUUGGCAAUUGCAUGUGCUCGGAGGCUCGUUGAUUUUACUGCAAAAGACGGCCCGGAGUGGGCAGAACAAGCGGCAAACCUUGGAACCGUACUGAUUUAUCGGUAUGAACGAAACGGCACAAUCAACGACUUGGAGGAAGCGACAACUGUGGCCCGGCAAGCAGUCGCGGCAACACCUGAUGAUCAUGGCGACUAUCCGAGCUGGGUAAGCAAUCUAGGAAUAAUAUACAACCACCGAUUCGAGUUCACUGGGUCGAUAUGGGACUUGGAGCACGCAAUUGGACUAUUCCGUCAAGCUAUCGUGGCAUCUUCACGAGAACAACAUGACUUUGCUGUUUGGGCAAACAACUUGGCCUACUUGCUCUGCGUUCUGUAUGAGAAAACAAGCAGCUCGCAGGACAUUGAUGAAGCGAUACAUUUUGCCCAGGAAGCUGUGCUUGCGACAUCAGAACGAGAUCCAGGCUACCCAGCCCGGAUCUACAAUCUAGGUCUUGCAUUUGAUCUCCGAUUUCAACAGACUGGCAGUACACAAGAUCUAUUACAAGCCAUCCUCAGUCUCCGACAAGCAGUUAGCGCCGUAGGACCUACAGACACAUGCUGGUUAGGAAAGUUGGAUAAUUUGAUGGAUCAACUAGACAGUUCAUUUCCGAUCCAAUUUAGUUAA